AUGUCUGGGCGUGGGAAAGGUGGAAAGGGUUUGGGAAAGGGAGGAGCAAAACGACACCGUAAGGUUCUCCGCGAUAACAUUCAAGGUAUUACGAAGCCAGCGAUUCGCCGUCUUGCUCGCAGAGGAGGAGUGAAGCGUAUAAGUGGUCUGAUCUACGAAGAAACACGCGGUGUUCUCAAGAUAUUUUUGGAGAAUGUCAUUCGUGAUGCUGUUACUUACACCGAGCAUGCUAGGAGAAAGACCGUUACCGCUAUGGAUGUUGUUUACGCUCUUAAGAGACAGGGAAGAACUCUUUACGGUUUUGGGGGUUAG